AUGAGCUACAUGAAGAAAGACGAGGAUGCCGAUCAAGUCAUGAUCAAGCUUGAUCGCACCUCCGUGUUCCAAGAUGCUCGCCUGUUCAAUUCCUCGCCCAUCUCGCCGCGAACAUGCCGCACUCUCCUGACAAAGAUCGCCGUCCUCCUCUUUACGGGGGAGCAAUUCCCCACAAAUGAAGCCACCACCCUCUUCUUCGGCAUCUCCAAGCUAUUCCAGAAUAAGGACCCGUCCCUACGCCAGAUGGUCUAUCUGAUACUGAAGGAACUAGCCGGCACUGCGGAGGAUGUGAUCAUGUCGACCAGUAUCAUCAUGAAGGAUACCGCGGUAGGAAGCGAUGUGUUGUACCGGGCCAAUGCUAUCAGGGCGCUGUGCCGUAUCAUCGAUGGUUCGACGGUGCAGGGUAUCGAGCGACUCAUCAAGACCGCCAUUGUUGACAAGACCCCAUCUGUCUCUUCCGCGGCCUUGGUUUCUUCCUAUCACCUCCUUCCCAUUGCGCGCGACGUGGUCCGGAGAUGGCAAAGCGAAACCCAGGAGGCGGCUUCGUCCUCGAAGCAAGGCCACGGUUUCCUAGGCUUCGCGGGCAGCGCGCAGAGCCACGCCAUCUCGCAGUCGAACUUCAUGACCCAAUACCAUGCGAUCGGUCUCCUGUAUCAGAUGCGCGCGCAUGACCGCAUGGCGCUCGUCAAGAUGGUCCAGCAGUACGGUGCUGCGGGUGUGGUCAAGAGUCCGGCGGCUUUGGUCCUCCUGGUCCGCCUAGCGGCCAAAUUGGCGGAGGAAGAUCCUAGUCUCCGGAAACCCAUGAUGCAGAUGCUGGAUGGCUGGCUCCGUCACAAGCACGAGAUGGUCAACUUCGAGGCAGCCAAGGCCAUCUGCGACAUGCGCGAUGUCACCGAUGCCGAGGCCUCGCAGGCCGUCCACGUCCUGCAAUUGUUCCUGUCCUCGCCGCGGUCGAUCACGAAAUUCGCCGCCAUUCGCAUCCUUCACAACUUUGCCACGUUCAAGCCGAACGUCGUCAAUGUCUGCAACCCCGAUAUCGAGACGCUCAUUUCCAACUCCAAUCGCUCCAUUGCCACCUUUGCCAUCACCACGCUGCUCAAGACCGGCAACGAAGCUAGCGUCGAUCGCCUGAUGAAGCAGAUCUCGGGCUUCAUGGCUGACAUCACUGACGAGUUCAAGAUCACCAUCGUUGAGGCCAUCCGUACGCUCUGCUUGAAGUUCCCGAGCAAGCAGGCGGGUAUGCUCACAUUCCUGAGUGGGAUUCUGCGGGACGAGGGUGGCUACGAGUUCAAGCGCACCGUCGUGGAGAGCAUGUUCGAUCUCAUCAAGUUCGUCCCCGAUAGCAAGGAAGAAGCUCUCGCCCACCUGUGCGAGUUUAUCGAGGACUGCGAGUUCACCAAGCUCUCUGUCCGAACCCUUCACCUUCUGGGUGUCGAGGGCCCCAAAACAACGCACCCCACCAAGUAUAUCCGCUAUAUUUACAACCGAGUCGUUUUGGAGAAUGCUAUUGUCCGCGCGGCGGCUGUUACUGCUCUGGCCAAGUUUGGUGUCGGACAGAAAGACCCCGAGGUCAAAUCGAGUGUUCAAGUGCUUCUCACUCGUUGUCUUGAUGACACGGACGAUGAGGUGCGGGAUCGUGCUGCGCUUAACCUGCGGUUGAUGGGCGAAGAGGAUGAGAUGGCCGGGGCAUUCAUCAAGAACGACUCGAUGUACUCCCUGUCCACUUUCGAGCACCAGCUGGUCAUGUACGUGACCUCGACCGACAAGCAGACUUUCGCUGCUGCCUUCGACGUCUCCACCAUCCCCGUUGUCACCCAAGAGCAGGCUCUGGCCGAAGAGCGGACCAAGAAGCUCACCACCGCCACUCCUACUCUCAAAGCUCCGUCAGCCGGUCCCCCCAAGAAAGCCGGUGGCGUGGCCGAAGCAACCACGGCUGCUGCUACCCAGAAAUACGCCGAGCAACUCAUGCAAUACCCCGAGUUCAAAGCGUAUGGCAACCUCCUCAAGUCUUCCCUUCCUGUCGAGCUCUCCGAGAGCGAAACGGAAUAUGUCGUCACUUGCAUCAAGCAUAUCUUCAAGGAGCAUAUCGUGUUGCAGUAUGAUAUCAAGAACACCCUGCCGGAUACUGUUCUAGAGAACGCCACUAUAGAGGUUACACCAGCAGAGGAAGAUGUGCUGGAGGAUGAUCUGAUCGUGCCGGCGCCGAAGCUGGCCCCCAACGAGCCGGGCGUUGUCUACGUAACAUUCAAGAAGCUGGGCGGCGAGCACAGUGUCCCAGUCACCUCCUUCACCAACAACCUCAAGUUCACCAGCAAAGAGAUCGACCCGAACACCGGCGAGCCCGAGGAGAGCGGCUACGAGGACGAGUAUCAAGUGGAAGACCUCGAGUUGACGGGCAGCGACUAUGUCAUCCCCACAUUCGCAGGCAGCUUCGACCAUGUCUGGGAACAGACCGGUGCCAACGGCGAGGAGGAGAGCGAGACUUUGCAGCUCAGCAACAUGAAGAGCAUCACAGACGCUACAGAACAAUUGAUCUCAGCGCUAUCCCUGCAACCGCUCGAGGGCACCGACGUCGCCCUCAGCACCAGCACACACACCCUCAAGCUCUUCGGCAAGACCGUCUCCGGCGGCCGCGUGGCCGGUCUCGUCAAGAUGGCCUACUCCACCAAGACCGGCGUCACGACCAAGAUCACCGUGCGCGCAGAAGAGGAGGGCGUGGCCGCUGCCGUGAUUGCUUCGUUGUCCUAG